CCUGCUUCACUGAUCCCAUAAAAUGCCAGUUUUUUAACAAACAACAAAGCAAAAUUCUUAAUUGGAACACAAGUUUUUCAUUCCACUAAUUUAUAUCGUUAUCGGGAUUUUUUUCCGCAGAACAAACAUCAGAUAGCGUGGUCAAAUUUGUUGUCAGGAUAUCUUUCCGCUCGUUUUUCGAGUUAAUUUUAUUUUAAUUUUUCUUCGAAACGAUGAAACAGACCCUUAUUUUCCUUAUUAUCACGGCACUUCUAAGUGCUCUUAAUCAGGCGUCCCCUAUCAAUUUUGGAUCAGGCAUUGACCGCGAUGAAGUAAUCCCGAGUGGGGAUGGAUUUGAACCCGACGAAGACGUUGGUCUAUUUGAGGACGAGGUUGAGGAAAACGUGACCUUGAGUGGCGAUGUCAAAAAGAUCAUGAAUGAGCAAGAUGACGUCAUGAUGAGCGGAGAUCUGGAAGAUGACGUCAUAUUCAGCGGAGACUUAGAUGAUGACAUCAUGAUUAGUGGGGAUCCGAUAGAAGAGGCCAUGCUCAGCGGAGACAUGGAAAACGACUUCAUGAUCAAUCUAGACCUCGAGGAUGAUGACAUGAUGAUUGGCGAACUAGACGAUGACACCAUGAGUGGAAUGUUUGAAGAUGACGCAGUUUUUAGCGGAGAUAUUGAGGAAGAUCUUUUGCUUAGUGGUAUAGAAGAUGAAGACAUUUUUAUCAGCGGUGAAAUCCCUGAAAGCUCUGGUGACCUUUACAAAGACGAUGAUGCAAUCCUCGGUUUUGGUGAGGAGGGGGAAGACGACGUGUUAGAACCUCUUGUCGAGAUAUCAAAUGGUCCAGAUGUUGCUCCAAUAAUCCAGGAUGUCAUUACAACGGAAGCCGUUCCUCCGCCUUACUUACAAGAUAUCGUAGUACCAGGUGAAACUCCAGUUGUUCAAAACGACUCUCCAGAAGUUCCACUUAUGGUUCAAGGCAACAAUGAUGCAACACCUCUGAUUCAGGAUGAAUUGCAGGAUUCAGACCCUGUGGUUCUGGAUAACAUACAGGAAGCUCCUGUUAUUCAAAACGACAUUCCAGAUCCAAUGCUUAUGAUUCAGGAAGACAUGACGCCAGAGGCAGUGCCUAUGGCUCAGGAUAACCUGAUGCCAGAUCCAUCUCCUAUGAUUCAAAACGACAUGCUGGAUACAAUGCCUAUGGUUCAAGAAAACAUGAUACCAGAUGCAGUGCCUAUGAUUCAAAAUGACAUGCCGGAUGCGAUGCCUGUGAGCCAAGAGAACACUCCAGAAGUAGCGCCUGCAAUGCAGUAUAGUACCCCCGACGAGAAUCCGCUAAGCCAAGACAACAACCCAGUUGAAUCUAUUAUAGACCCAAUAGAAUCACUAAGUGAAGAACUGCCGAACAAUCUUAAUAGUGAACUCCCUGAAACUGGUUACGCUGGAACAACCACGAUUCUAACAACUUCAGAAAAAGUAUUCAUCAAUCCAACGACAAAAUUUUCGGAACCUUCAGUGCUUUAUGAACCUGAUUCCACAGCUGAUUCCAUAGUUUUGCCAGAAGACUCGGCAACAGAGCCAGCUGGUUUUAUGUCUGAAGCAGCAGAUAUAAUGAACAGUGCCGAAGAAGUCAUUGACGAUGCCAUAAAAAUCCUGCAAUAUCCCGCAACGCCGACAACUGAAAAAUCAUGGAUGAGUUCUAUAAUGACAACACAAAAUCUUUCCAUGAGAACUGACGAGGAAGCCAUGCCAGGUGAACUAGCAGGCAUUGCUCCUUCAAUGAUAACUGACAUUCCUCUGAUGACAACAGAAAAACCGGCCACAACAACUGCUAUGGAAUCUAGGCUAAGUGAAGUGUCAGCCAUGGCACCUUCAACCAUGAUGAUUGUCAUGCCUCCCAUGACAAGCAAAGAACCAGCUACAGCUACUGACUUGAAAUCCUUGCCCGGAGAAGUGCAAACCACGGCUCCUUCUAUCAUUAUGGCUGACAUGUCUCUGAUGACAACUGAAGAACAAGGCAUGGCAACUGACUGGAAAUCUUUAACUGGCGAAGCACCAGCAAUGGCUCCUUCUGCAAUGAUGGCUGAACUGCUUUCUUUGACAACCGAAGAGCCAGCUAUGGUAACUGUUAUGAAAUCUAUGUCUGGCGAAGCACCAGCCACGUCUCCUUCUAUGAAGAUGCCUGAUAUGGCUCCGAUGACAACUGAAGAACCAGACAUGGCGACGGACAUGAAUUUCAUGCCUGGCGAAGCUUCAGCCAUGGCACCUUCUAUGAUGAUCGCUGACAUUCCUCCGAUGACAACUGAAGAACCAGCCAUGACAACUGAAAUAAGUUCUAUGUCUGGCGAAGCACAAGCCAUGUCUCAUUCUAUGUUAAUGGCUGACCCGCGUCCGAUGACAACUGUAGACCCAGUCAUGGCAUCUGACAUGAAAUCCUUGUCUGGCGAAGUACCAGCCAUGUCUCCUCCUAUAAAAAUGGCUGGCCCGAGUCCGAUGACAACUCAAGGCCCAAUCAUGGCCACUGACAUGAAAUCCUUGUCUGGCGAAGUACCAGCCAUGACUCCAUCUAUGGAGAUGGCUGAUAUUGCUCCGAUGACACCUGAAAAACCAGACAUGGCGACGGACAUGAAUUUCAUGCCUGGCGAAGCUUCAGCCAUGGCACCUUCUAUGAUAAUGGCUGACAUUCCUCCGAUGACAACUGAAGAACCAGCCAUGGCAAGUGACAUAAGUUCUAUGUCUGGCGAAGCACCAGCCAUGGUACCUUCUAUGAUGAUCGCUGACAUUCCUCCGAUGACAACUGAAGAACCAGCCAUCGCAACUGACAUGAAUUUCAUGCCUGGCGAAGCACCAGCCAUGGCACCUUCUAUGAUAAUGGCUGACAUUCCUCCGAUGACAACUGAAGAACCAGCCAUGGCAAGUGACAUAAGUUCUAUGUCUGGCGAAGCACCAGCCAUGGUACCUUCUAUGAUAAUGGCAGAUAUUCCUCCGAUAACAACUGAAGAACCAGCCAUGGCAACUGACAUGAAUUUCAUGUCUGGCGAAGCACCAGCCAUGGCACCUGCUAUGAUAAUGGCUGACAUUCCUCCGAUGACGACUGAAGAACCAGCCAUGACAACUGAAAUAAGUUCUAUGUCUGGCGAAGCACCAGCCAUGGCACCUUCUAUGAUAAUGGCUGACAUUCCUCCGAUGACAACUGAAGAACCAGUCAUGGCAAGUGACAUAAGUUCCAUGUCUGGCGAAGCACCAGCCAUGGCACCUUCUAUGAUAAAGGCUGACAUUCCUCCGAUGACAACUGAAGAACCAGCCAUCGCAACUGACAUGAAUUUCAUGUCUGGCGAAGCACCAGCCAUGGCACCUGCUAUGAUAAUGGCUGACAUUCCUCCGAUGACGACUGAAGAACCAGCCAUGACAACUGAAAUAAGCUCUAUGUCUGGCGAAGCACCAGCCAUAGUACCUUCUAUGAUAAUGGCAGAUAUUCCUCCGAUAACAACUGAAGAACCAGCCAUGGCAACUGACAUGAAUUUCAUGUCUGGCGAAGCACCAGCCAUGGCACCUUCUAUGAUAAUGGCUGACAUUCCUCCGAUGACGACUGAAGAACCAGCCAUGACAACUGAAAUAAGUUCUAUGUCUGGCGAAGCACCAGCCAUGGCACCUUCUAUGAUAAUGGCUGACUUUCCUCCGAUGACAACUGAAGAACCGACCAUGGCAACAGACAUGAAUUUAAUGCCUGGUGAAAUACCACCCAUGGCACCUUCUAUGAUAAUGGCUGACUUUCCUCCGAUGACAACUAAAGAGCCAGCCAUGGCAACUGAAAUAAAUUCCAUGUCUGGCAAAGAACCACCAGCCAUGGCACCUUCUAUGAUAAUGGCUGACUCUCCUCCGAUGACAACUGAAGAACCAGCCAUCGCAACUGAAAUAAAUUCCAUGUCUGGCAAAGAACCACCAGCCAUGUCUCCUUCUAUGAUAAUGGCUGACUUGGUUCCAACCGGUAUUCUAGACCUGGGAAAGUCAACCGAGUAUAGACAUAGUACUCUUGAGGAAUCAUCUCAGACUAUGGACGAAAUAAUCAAAGCAGAGCCCGUUAAAUUAGUUCAUGUAGACGCUACUAUCAAUAUCCUGCCAUCACGAAAAUAGACAGUUAACGCAAAGCUCUCAAAGUUUAUAUCGAUUUUUUGUUAGUCUGUGGUCUGGCUCGUUUCCAGGUAUCGCUUGUGAUUUCUUCUAAAAUGCAAUAUAUCAGUUUAAAAUGACUUUUUUUAAUUAUAAACUGCAUUAAAAUUGUCAGCGUGAACAGAUAAACAAAUUUCUACAACAAUUUUCGAACAGUUUUGACUUAUAUUAAAGCCGGGUAGGAAACUGGAAAAGAGCCUGCGAUCUUUAUCUUUGCUCAAUCGAUUCAACAACUAUCAUAACGGCAAUUUCAUAAGGGAAUGAAUGAUUUAUGUGAUAUAAAUGUAAAAUUAUAUCGAAAAUAAUAACAGUGAUUAACGAAUUUAAAGUGGUGAUGUUGCAAUAGAUGAUAAUUUAUUCUUUAAAACUC